AUGAACCAAUCCAUUAAAAUUCUUCUGAGUUCCUAUAUAAAUAUGUCAAUCUUAGCACUUCAUUAUAAAAAUAACUAUUUGCGUACAAGAUCAAUAACAAUGAAAUUUUCAUAUUCUCUAUCCAAACGAUUUUCAUUGCCUAUUUUGAUCCUACAAUUCUUCAUCAUACAUAGUGUUUCAUCGUUAAACCUUACUAAUGAUUAUCUCAACCAUAAAUGCUUCCUUAAUCAAGGGAAGUAUAAGUCUGGAAGUGAGUACGAUGAAAACCUCAUUUGGAUCUUCAAUGAUAUUCGUACAGUUCCUUAUGAGGUAACCGGUUUCUCACGCUUAAGUGUUGGAAAAACGCCAGACGAUUUUGUCGCCGUCACUUCCCAAUGUCGUGGUGACACUUAUGAGUCUAAAUGCCGUACAUGCAUUGGUACAGCAAUUUCAGGGUUUCGUAAAAGAUGUCCGAGUAACAAAGGAGGAAUAAUUUGGUACGAUCAAUGUCUUCUCUAUAUUAAUACGAUCAAAGAAAAAGUUCCAGAACCGAUUAAUUACAAGAAUAUUAUUUCUAUGUACAACCCAAAUAACGUGAGAGGGGAUGCAGAACUGUUUGCUACGAGGGUUAUGGAGUUUUUCUCUGAGCUAACACUUAAAGUCAAAAAGACCACCAAGUAUAGCCUCAUACUUUAUGCGGCAGGGGAAAAAAAGCUCGGAAAAAAUAAAUUAUAUGCAAUGGUGCAAUGUUUAGAGCUAUCAAUGAAUUGCAAAAGUUGUUUGACAUGGAGUAUCUCAAAGCUUUUCAAGAACGAGAUUAAACAAGGAGCGCGAGUUUUGGGUACGAACUGUGACGUAAGGUAUGAGCUAUACCCUUUUCUUAGAAGUUAAACAUUUUUAAGUUAUGUUUUAUAUUUACUUC